UAGCCACCUCUAACCUUUUUUCUGAAGCUAUGGCGAAGAUUUCGAGCAGCCUUUUAUCGAUGAGCCGGAGGGCAUAUUCCGUGGCAGCCGAGAACGUCAAAGUCCGUUCGACUGCACCGCCCAUCAUAAAGGCCGCAGCCGAAGCUGCCGAUGCGAAAGUAGCAGCAUUCUGGAUGAGAGACCCCAUCACAGGAAACUGGAUUCCUGAGAAUCACUUUGGAGAAGUUGAUGUUGCCGACCUCAGAUCCAAACUCUUGUCCAAGAAGCCAACUUCUUCAUCACCUUCCAACUAAAUAUUUCUCUAUUUAUUAAUAUAGAUGAAUCUCAUUUUUCUGUCAAGAAUCAAGACUACAUUAAAGCUGCAAUUAUCAUUUCUGUAACUCUA